AUGGCUGAUUCUGUACAUCGUUUGAAUACAUCGUUGAGCGAUGAAAAUUUCAAACAAUCAUGUGCAAGCAUUCGUGAUAAACUUGUUCGUCUUGAUCAAUCGUCUAUCGAUUCAAUUCUCGAACAUAACGAUCCUCAAAAGGCCGAAAUCGUCUUACCGGAUGGUCGUCAAUUUAUUUGGUAUUUUGCUAUUGGCAGUAUGAAUAAUCCGAUUUCACUCUAUCUACGAGAUCUACAUCCGAUUGUGUCCUAUCCAGUCGUAUGUCCUAAUUAUCAAGUUAUUUUUCGAAGUCCAAGUGGCAUGGCUGAUAUUGAACCUGAUCCUAGAGCUGAAUUUCACGGUGUUGAUCAUCUUCUUUCUAAUGAUGAAAUGGCACGUUUAGAUAAAAUGGAAAGUAUAUAUCGACGAAUACUAGUCAAUGUUAUCGACUAUCAAGACCAAUCUCAUCUUGUCUAUGCUUACACAAUGAUUAUACCAAAUAAAACAGUCGGUCUUCCGU